AUGGAGACUAAGAUGGAGUCACUUGAACUCAAAGACAAUGGUGAAAACCAACCAUCUUUAGAAGCUUCUAUUGCUUCAGAUGUGAUAUAUGACAAAGCACCUGUAUGUCCACGCAUUGGAAGUGAAUACCAGGCAGAAAUCCCCAAUCUGUCCACAGAGGUUGAGCGCCAUCGGCUCAUGACCAGCACACCAGAAAGCAUCGUACUUGGUUAUGAUUACCCUGGUAUGAUUGGGUUAGCUAUACCAAUCAUGUGGGUACCAAGUGAAGUCCAUAAGGAGGACGAUUCACGAAGGCAGCAUUCUUCAGAAUACGAAGCAAGAGCUAGCGACCAAGGCGAGGAUAGUCAGGUGCCCUCAAUUUAUCCAAUCAGAAAUAAUACAAAUGCCCAUGAUUCAACAUACCAGGAUCAACAUUCAAUGCUGUCUGUUAAUCAGAUAGAAUCUUGCAUCAAUCAAGCACAUGAUGAGAACUUGGCUCCAUUCUCUACUCAAGAAGGUCCGGGUUUUACCAAUAAGUUGUUGACCCAACAAGGGGAAAUCGAGCAAUUUACUCCACUGCCCGGUUUGCCCAGUUCGCUUUGGAGUGCUACUGAGGCAGAAUGUUUUCUUCUCGGGCUCUACAUUUUCGGCAAAAAUCUAAGCCUCUUGAGCAGGUUUCUUGGUAAUAAGACCGUUGGGGAUGUACUCUCAUACUACUAUGGAAUAUUCUACAAAAGAAAUGCUUAUAAAAGAUGGUCGGACUGCAGAAAAGCAAGAACUACGAGAUGCAUUAUUGGGGAACGCAUCUUUACAGGUUGGCGGCAGCAGGAGAUUAUAUCUCGUUUGAAAUCUGUAAUCCUCGAAGGAGUUCAUGAUUCAUUGGUCGAGAUUUUCAAAUCUUUCAACGCCGGACAAGCAUCUUUAGAGGAUCUUGUCUUUGCUAUAAAAUCCUCUGUUGGAACAGAAGCUUUUGUGGAGGCUGUUGGAAUUGGUAAAGGGAAGCAUGAUUUGACUGGAUAUGUUCUGGACCGAUCUAAACCAAACCAAGCUCCUUCUGUUUACCCUGACAUGCCUACAGGCAAAGAUUGUUCCUUGCUUGCUUCGGAAGAUAUAAUUAAGUUCUUAACAGGUGGUUUCAGAAUAAGCAAGACAAGAUCUAAUGAACUUUUCUGGGAAGCUGUCUGGCCCCGUUUGCUUGCAAGAGGGUGGCGUUCAGAGCAGUCAAAAGAUGUCAGAACAACUAAGAAUUGCCUUGUGUUUCUUGUGCCAGGUAUCAAAAAAAUCUCGAGAAGGAAACUCACUAAAGGCACUCAUUAUUUUGAUUCUGUCAGCGAUGUUCUUAAGCGAGUUGCGGCGGAUCCCGUUCUUCUUGAGGUAGAAGUUGGCGGAGCGGACAAUGGUGUUACUGCUGAGCAGUGUGGAUAUGCUACAGACAUGAGUCUGAACCAUGAUGGUCCUUUGGAUGGAUAUCAGGAGCUUCCAAAGUUCACAAUUAUCGAUACUACCUUGGUCCAAGGGGAAGAGCCCUUCAGAGUCAGAGAGCUGAGGAAAUUACCACCUGAUGUAAAUGUCCAUUUUGGUCCUUCACGUCAUUCUUAUAAUACUGUGAGUGUCAGUUCCUCAGAGGAGCAAGAUGCGGAAGAUCAAUCAUCAGAUGACCAGGCAGAUUGUCGACAAGUUACAGCUGAUGUGAAUGAUGCCGAAAUAGUUUCAGUAUGCCAUGCAGGCAAAGAAAACCAAGUCAAUUCAUUGCAAAACAUGUUGGCUGCACCAUCGUCGAGUUUUCCAGUCAAUGGCCAUUCUUCUAAUGGCAGUACUGAAAAAACUGAUAUGACAUGCCUCUUUGGUCCCAAAACAAAAACUGAAAGACUCGAGUAUUUAACCCCAGUGUCAAAGCACAGAAGCUUACCCAGCUGUAGCAAUGAUCGGACCAGUCAGCACAGCUUUUCUUUCUCGAAAGGACAUGGUUUAGAGAGAAAGAAAAUCAAGCCGCUGUGGACUUCAACAAAACCAACUGCAGCUGAUGUCAGUGACAAUUUUCGGACUAAAAUAAUUGCGAGAUAUUCCACGAAGGAGAAGCCAUGCGAGCAGAUAACGGUUGCAUCAAACUCUUGUACCACUGACAGAUCAAACGAGAAGGUGAAUGUGUCCAGUUUAAAUGAGGACAAGUCAUCUGAGUGCAAGGUCGAGGUGGUGCCUAAAGUUUGUUCAAAGAUCAGAACCGCUGAGGCGAAAGUUGCCAAAGAAGGGGCGCAGGUUACCAGUUUGGUUAAACCGGAGACAUCACUAGAUCAUAAGAUAAGCACGAGGGUAUGUGUCGCUUCAUCAGACGAUCAUGGUUACAUGAAGGCUGAGGAAGGCCUUGCCGUUUCAAACAGCGAUUGUGUCCAUGAUGUUUCAGAGGCAACAGGACAACCUGCUAGCCUGCAACCUGAUCUGGCUUCACAGGUGAAGUCUCGGAGGCAUGGAACCAGGAACAGACCUCCGACUGCAAAAGCUUUGGAAGCACUUGCCUUGGGGUUCCUUGGAGGAAAGCGUAAAGGUGAACCCAAAAACCCUGGGACAAGCAGGCCCCCCCAGAGAGCUCGCAAAUCCUUGGUUUGUACGCCUACAAGCAGUGACACAGACAAGUCCAGCAUGGAGGUUGAUUUGCAACAGUGA